AUGGGGAAAGCACAAAGGUUUGAAUUGAAUCCGAAGGGCCAAAAGAUGAAAAUGAUUCACAACAUGAACCAAUUCAUUGGUGACUGGUUGUGUGGGAAAGGACUUGUGGACUGGUCUAGAUCAAUCCAUUACGAGUGUGGCACGCGCCUGAUAGUCAAAGCAUUACUGAAGAGUGGUACCAAUAUCCAAGUAAUUAGUGUUUCUGGAGAAGAAUAUUCUUCCACGUUUGAAAUGGUACACGUGGCGCGGUACAGUUGGAGGAGGAAGAAAAGUGGGGUCCAUAUGGUGUCGACCGAUAGAGACGGAGCCGCUACCAAAACAGUCAACGAUUUGACCAAAACCGGGUGGGGCGGUGACGGAUGCAAUGACAAAAUCAGCCCAUGGUGGCUCACUCAAACCUGUGCUCCACUCACAGUCUGCCACUUGUCGGCUGCGGUGACCUUUAUAGGUUGGAGCCGAGACCAGGUUCGAAGUUUGAAGGACUUGUCUUCCCUAUAUACCACCUUCCUCUACGCACGUGUGAAAAUAAACCCUUUCACUCUUCCUAUAAAGCUUAACCUCACCUAUCUUUUCUCAAGUUUCAAGUCACACAAGAAUUAUAGUUAG